AUGUUGCGAUUCAUAAUAUUCGCUAGUAUUGCAUCAGGCAUAGUAAUCAGCUUCAGAUUCCCGCAUUUUGUCAAUGGUAGGCCCAGAGAAGGCCUACUGGCAGGUGAUCCUGCAGAAGGGCCAACCACUGAGGACAAAUACAUGAUAUAUUCGGAGAUUGUUCAACCCGUCGAUCAUUUUAGCGAUGGUGGAAAUACUUGGAAGCAGAGAUAUCAAUACAAUUCGAAAUUCUAUAACAGCAGUGUUGGCUAUGUAUUCCUUAUGAUUGGCGGCGAGGGUUCGAUAAAUGUGACAAACGGUGAUAAAUGGGUACGACACGAAGCCGAAACGAUGAUGAAAUGGGCGGCCGAGUUUCAAGCGGCCGCUUUCCAAGUCGAACAUCGCUUUUAUGGAAGCAAAGACUAUUCGCCAAAUGGCGACCAAACUCCUGAGAAUCUCAAAUAUUUGACGAUUGAUCAAGCUCUCGCCGAUCUUCGAAAUUUCGUUUUGGAAAUGAAUAAGCUUUAUUUCCCGAAUGAUAAACCGAUUUGGGUGACAUUUGGCGGAUCGUAUCCUGGUUCUUUGUCGGCCUGGUUCAGAGAAACAUAUCCGGAACUCACCGCCGGCGCCGUUUCGUCGUCAUCGGCGGUUCACGUCUUCGUCGAUUAUUAUGGUUAUGCGAUUAAUACGGAGAAGACGUAUCGAACUGUCAGCGAUUCGUGCGCCAACACAAUCGGAACCGCUUUCAACAAAAUGGUCAAGCAAGCUUAUAAUGGGGUCGACGCUCGGAAAUUGCUCAAAAAUCAAUUCAAUCUUUGCGAUGAUUUUGAUGAAGACCACUUAUCGAAAUCUCUUCAAUUUUUCUUCCAGAAUGUUUAUGGAUAUUUCCAAGGGAUUAAUCAAUAUACUGGCGAUAACAGGAACAAUGCAACCCGAUCUGGUCUUGGCGUGCCUGGAGCUUGUAAUAUUCUCAAUAAUUCGACAAUCAAGGAUGAAGUUGAUCGAGUGGUUGCAGUGAUGGAUUGGUACGAUUCAUUCUACGGUGAACCCAAAUGUCGCGGAAACAAUUAUACAAAAUUCAUUGAAUAUUAUUCCGAUACCACAAUGCCCAACGACGAUGUCAUUAGCACUCGUUCAUGGAUCUGGCAAACUUGCACUGAACUCGGAUAUUAUCAAACGACAGAUGGUGGAAAUCACGGCAUUUUCGGUUCUACUGUCCCAUUAGACUUUUUCGCUGAUCAAUGCAUUGACUUGUUCGGUCCCGAAUACACUUUGGACAACACAUUCAAACUCGUCGAUGCCGUUCGCCGAAAAUACGGCGGAGCUGAUAAUUACAAUGGCUCAAAGGUGUGCUUCCCGAACGGAUCGUUUGAUCCGUGGCAGGAUCUAGGCCACAAGUCGUCUGACAAGAAUAACGAUGUCGACUCGUGGCUGAUUGAUGGCACUGCGCACUGCGCCGAUAUGUAUCCAGCAAGAGAUUCCGAUCCACAAUCGCUCAAGGAUGCUCGUAUCCGGAUCCAUGACCAUCUUGCGCAAUGGCUCAGUGACGCACAAAAACUAAGACAAAACUCUUCUUCAUUUGUCUCAUUCUUCCUAACCGCUUCAAUUAUGUUAUUCUCAAUGUUCUUUUAA